AUGGCCGACACCAACACAACAGCUAAUAAGGAUUUUAUUCUACUGGCUUUUAGUGACCUUCACCAGUUCCAGAUCUUACUUUUCCUGGUUUUCCUUCUGAUAUACAUAACAUGCAUGAUUGGCAACAUUGCCAUUAUUCUUAUCAUUAAGAUGGAUCCUCGCCUUCACACGCCCAUGUACUUUUUUAUUGGCUUAUUUGCCGCUUCGGAAAAUUUCUUUGUGUCAUCCACUAUUCCCAACCUCCUUUCUAACCUCAUUGGUAACAGUAAGAGUAUAUCAUUUGCUGGCUGCUUUGCACAGUUCUAUGCUGUUUGUACCUUGGGGGGGACAGAAUGUUACCUACUUGCAGUCAUGGCGUUUGAUAGAGACUUGGCCAUUAAUUUCCCUUUGCGCUACUCAGCCAUUAUGAGCCAGUCUUUGUGCAUUAAGCUCGGAGUUUUUCCAUGGAUUGUCUGCCUUACGAUUGCAUCUGUUCCUACAGUUUUCACUCUGGGAAUGGAAUUUUGUGGCCCAAAAGAACUCAACCAUUUUAUCUGCGACUUGGGUCCAUUAGAACAUAUAGCUUGCUCUGUGCCGCUCAUCAACAGAAUUAUUGUUAUCUUCACAGCAAUAUCUGAGAUUGUUUCACCUUUUACUAUCACUAUUUUAUUCUACAUUCACAUCAUUAUCACUAUUCUAAAUAUUACGAGUAAGAUCGGUAAGAAGAAAGCUUUCUCCACUUGUUCUUCCCAUCUUAUGGUUGCCAGUUUGUUCUACGGCACGGCCAUUAUUGUGUAUAUGACGCCGCAGGGCAGUUAUGAAAAAUAUCUGGCGCUGAUAUAUAAUGUAGUGACUCCUUUGAUAAACCCAUUCAUAUACACUUUAAGAAAUAAGGAUGUCAUCAAAGCUUUCCAGAAAUUUAAAGCUAAAAUCUCCUAG